CUGCCGCUCUUGCUACUACGUCUGCCGCUACCAACAGACUGAGCUGGGAGUCAACUCAAACCAACUUAGUUGUUCUGGAGAACGUUCCGGAUCACAUGAAUGAGGACAUGUUGCUGAUGCUGGUGGAGUACGUGUCGGGGUCCAAGGAAGACUCUUUUAGUCUGGAGAUGAUCAGAGAUUCCGGCAGAGCGGUUGUUGUCUUCAACCAACCACAAGACGGAGAAAAAUUCAUCACGGCCGGUCGAAGCAGCGAGAGGAUGAAGAAGCACGGACUGACCGCUGGACCAAUGGUGGCAGCGAGGAGCGUUCAAGUGGAGGGACUCCCGACUACGGUCAAUUCAGAUAUGCUGGACCUGUACUUCAGCAACAACUGGGUUUCUCCAGACCAUAUUGACAUGGUCCCCCAUGAACAGAUCGCCAUCGUCUCCUUCAGCGACCCAAAAGUCGUUGAAAGCAUCUGCAUCAAGGAAGACUACAUGAUCAGAUCCAUCCCUGUCAAAAUGUACCCGUACCACGAGUUCCUGGGCACCGCCUUUUACGGCAAGAACCGACCGACUUGGAAGAUACCUGAAGCAUUCACGGAGAACGUUCCCUACGCCGUCUGGGACUUCCUCCAGAAGAAAAAUCUCUUUGACGUCAUCGGCCAUCAAAUGCAUUCCCACUACUGCGGCGUUGACUUUGAAAAACCCGCUGUCAAACUGCGCCCCCUGUCCAAUUUAAUGAGGCAGAAACUGACGGCCUCCGGCGUAGACACCUGGAGGAGUAAGGCCAAGGAGGCCUUCCAGACCCUCAUGUCUCAGUACGCUGUCUUUGAAUGCUCCAUGAACGCCCUGGCGUGGAACGCUGCCGAGGAGGAGAUUCGUCACACUGUCCGAGAAGAGGCCGCGAUGACAAUCGAUGAAGCCAAAAAGAGGCUGACGGUCGCCUGCAAGGCCGACGAUCUGAGGCAGAUCCGGGCUGCCGUGGAGAGCAUCGUCCUGAGAGCCAUAGAUCGGAUUGACCGGGAAAUAAACGGGACCUCGGACUUCGUCAAACUGUCUCCUGCGAUGUUCUACGUUCUGAAGCAGUUGGGUCUACAUGGAGCAUCUCGGAACAUUUCCUCCGAGAUGAAACUCUCCUACAGUGACCAGUCUCAGAAACUGACAAUUUCUGGUCUGCACCCCGAGGUCUGCAAAGUCAAGGCCUGGAUCCUGGAGAGGAAUGUGAAAAUGAGUAGAAGGCAAAUAGCCCUGCAUCCGUGCCUUUUAGAAUUCUUAAAGUCGGAGGACCCCAUGGAUAUGUCACACGACCUGUUCACCUCCCAGGGGAUCAGCGCCAUCUACAGCAUUGACAGCAAAGGGGUUCUCCUGAUGGGCAGUUCUGACACCGCUCUGGCAGAUGCCGAGGCUCAGCUGAACGCAGUUACGUUUGUCGAAACUGUGAACGUGGAAGACCAGCGACUACUGAAUCAUCAAACCUGGUCGGACCUGAAACAGAGGCUGUUGGACACCUACAACACCGCAAAGAGGAAAACGGUAGCCAUCCAGGUGGAUUCUGGGAAAAGAGCCAAAGUAACAGUUGUCGGUUUUGUCAAUCCGGUCAAGGAGGUCAGUCGCAGUCUGACGGAGUUCCUCGUGAGCAACGCAAAUGUUCAAGACACCAUACGCGUCAGGUCUCGUGCCGUGAUCCAGUUUAUUGAUAAGAAAAAAAUGCACGAACUAAUCCGCCUGGCCAAAGCCAACGACGUGUUUGUCAAGCUGGAACCAGAACGGUGCCGAGUCUUCUUCAAAGGGACGCGGACCCAUGUCCAGAAGGCCAGACCCUGCUUUGAGCAACUGAUCAACGGUCUUUGCACUGACAACUUCACCGUGGACAAGCCCGGAGCCAAGAAAUAUUUCCAGACUCAGGGAAGUUUGCUUCUCUUUCAAAUGUUGCAAGACUCCAACUGCGCGGUCAUGCUACGUCCCGACGAUUGGGAUGAUCUGGAGGAAGAGGAAGAAACGUCUGAAGACGAGGGCGAGUCCGUUUACUGCACGGUGCAGACAGCACGUGGGCUACUGAUCAAAGUCAGCAGAGGGGACAUCUGCAGGAUAAGUACCGACGCUGUGGUUAACGCAGCCAACGAGGAGCUGCAGCACAUCGGUGGUCUCGCUUUGGCGCUGCUCAAGGCCGCGGGACCAAGACUGCAGACGAUGAGCAAUGACCACAUUGUUAAGAAUGGGCGCCUCCGUCCAGGAGAUGCCGUCAUUACGGGCGCCGCCGACCUUCCCUGUAAGUUUGUGAUUCACGCCGUCGGCCCUCGUUUCUCCGACACCGACAAAACAACAUCGGUUUCUCGUCUGAAGCUCGCCGUUCGAGAAAGUCUGAGACAAGCGGAGGUGGCCAAGUGCUCCACCGUCGCCCUCCCGGCCAUCAGCUCUGGGGUGUUCGGCUUUCCUCUGGAACUCUGCGCUGAAGCUAUUGCGAAGACGUUGCGCGAGUUCUGCGACAGUCCACAUGGUCCCCGGUCACUGACUGAGAUUCACCUGGUGGACAACGUCGGAAACACCGUCACAGUCCUGGCCAAAGCUGUCAACAAACAGUUCCUCGACCUUGGUCCUACACUGACACUGCCACCACAGGGGGGCAGAAGUAGCAGAGCAGCUAAAAGUAGGCGACCGCAGGGUAAAAAAUCCACGAAAACCUUGAAUCAUGUUGUCGGAAGAGGUCGCGGAAAACCUGGACAGGAAGCAGCGAACCUGCUCGGCAACAAACCGUAUCUCAGUUCGGAGACGCACCAGGGGGCAGGGCCCGGAAAAAUGGAACAAACCCCCGAAGAGAAUCUGAACAUCGUUCUCUGCGUAGGAAACAUUCAGGAGCAGACGACCGACGUCAUCGUCAACACCAUCUCUGAAUGCAUGGACCUGAGCAAUGGGGCUGUUUCCAGAGGGAUCCUGGAGGCAGCCGGGCCCGGGAUACAGUUAGCCGUUCGGGCAGAAGCUAAAACAGCCAAGCUGCUGUCGGGUGAUGUCAUCACCACUGAUGGCUUCAACCUCGCUUGUCGGAAGGUGUUCCACGUCGUCUGUCCCAUUUGGAGCAGCUAUGGAACGGCCGAACAGGUGUUGACGGCAAUCGUCAGACGUUGCCUGGAACAGGCCGAGGGCUUCAAAAUGGUGUCGCUGUCCUUCCCUGCCAUCGGGACGGGAAACCUGGGUUUUCCCCGAGAGGUGGUGUCCAGAAUCCUCCUGAAGGAGAUCCACCUCUACAGUCGCAGAAGAUCUCCACAAUAUCUGCGGGAGGUGGUGAUCGUCAUUCACCCCAGUGACCGCCAAACUGCGGAUUGUUUCACCAGGGAGUUCAGAGGUCAAACUACGCAGGGUGGCGUGGGACACGAGACGCAGGAGUUAACCUCUUACUCACCAACACGACAAGACAAGAUCCGAUCACAGCCCCCUGCAGCCACCUUUAGCCAGGUUUCAUCGCCGUCGCUAGGUGUGUACGAGAUACAGAUGGGCCGGCUCACCCUGAGAGUGUCAACAGGAGACAUCACCAAGGAGACCAGCGACGUCAUCGUCAACUCCUCGAAUUCGGACUUUAACCUCAAAAUAGGAGUUUCCAAAGCAAUCCUAGAGGGCGCUGGAGUAAAUGUGGAGCGGGAAUGUUCCAGGAUUGUGAAUGCUCCCGGUUACCAGCCUCUGAUGAUGAUCAGGACAUCGUCCGGACUCCUGCCCAGCGGUUCUAUCGUCCACAUCGUCGGUCAGAAGGAUCCCGACAACAUCCGGGAGUUGGUUUUCGCAGUCCUCACUCUAUGUGAGGAAGACAAGUGUCGCUCUGUGUCCUUCCCAGCUCUGGGGACAGGUCAAGGAGGAGCCAGUCCGUCAGCAGUGGCCGAUGCCAUGGUGAAGGCGGUGGAGGACUUUGUGAGGAAGAAGCAGCCGCACUCCGUGCAGAGCGUGAGCAUCGUCGUCUUCCAGACCAGCAUGCUGAUGGAGUUCCACAGGAGCAUCGAAAAGAGAGCGGGUGGACAUAUGAACAAGGGUGUCUUCACCAAGAUCAAAGACACCUUCACCUCCAUUUUUACGCUGGGCGAGGAGCGGCCCAAAUCCGAGAGUCCGGUUCUGCGUGGCCUGGAGUUUGAGCCGACGGUGUUUCAACUGUGUGCACAGAGCGAAAAGGAUUUGAGUCUGGCUAAGAGAAGGAUAGAAGACCUCAUUUUGUCCGAGCAGGCAGAGAAAACCAUCAUCGACCCGUACAUCGAUCGCUUCACGCAGCAGGACGUGGACAAGCUCACGGCCAUGCAGAGGGAACUGACCGUUAGCAUCCGACUGGACCGGGGGCUCGAGGGACUUAUGGAGCCCAAGAUCCACCUGCGGGGUCUGACCAGGGAUGUGUUCACAGCUGAAUCCACAGUCAGGGACAUUAUUCGAAAGGUGGAGAGGGAGGAGAUCCUGAAAAACAAGGCUUUGUUGCUGACGGCGCUCGUAGAGUGGCAGUUUCAGGACCACAGUGGGACCAUGGUGCCGUUCGACAUCUACACCAACCUCACUCUAGAGGAGGCUCUGGAGAAAAAACAGGUUGUGACCGUCAACAUCUUGCACAAACCUUUCAGAGUCAACGUGGUUCGGAGGAAAGCGGUGUCCGCCGACGGAUGCACGGAGGUGGAGCUGCUGAGGAAGGAGCUCAAAGAGGACAAUGCCGUCCCUGGCCACUGGGAUGACAUGAAGGGCAACUUGGUGAAGCUGUUCCCUCUAGCUCUGGGCUCCAAGGAAUACGCCGGCGUGGAGAAGGAAUUUAGAAAGACCGGACUCACGUCAACGAUCGUCAGCAUUGAGCGGGUCCAGAACGCGACGCUGUGGCAGAACUACCAGCUGAUGAAGAGACAUCUGGAACAGAAGAACAAGCACACCAACAACGAAAUGCUGCUCUUCCACGGCACAAAAGCCAACGUCAUCGAUUUCAUCAACAACCAGGGCUUCAACCGAAGCUACGCAGGACAACAUGGUGCGAUGUACGGCAAAGGCAGCUACUUUGCCGUGGACCCCACCUACUCGGAGAAAUAUGCCCAGAUGGGCACCAAUAUGCACAGGUGCAUGUACCUAGCCCGGGUCCUGGUUGGAGACUACACUGCAGGAAAUAGUUCUUUGAUCGCACCACCCUCGAAAGGCUCUGCCGUCGCAACGGAUCUUUACGACAGCGUCACUGACAAUUCUGCCGCUCCCAAAAUAUUUGUCGUCUUUAAUGACAUCCAGGCGUACCCAGAAUACAUUAUCACAUUCCAGUAAUCGAACACCAGCAUUUUUGUUUUAAGUAAUUAAAAAAAACAGCAGUUAAAUUAAAGGUUUUCUCCAUGUUCUCUUUAGACAACAUAAUUAAUCCUUACGUGGGAGUUAAAUUUUAACAAUUUAGUCACACUAGACCAGGGGCUGUCAAACUAAUUUCCACCAGGGGGCCACAUCAGCAAUACAGUUCCCCUUGAAGGGCCGGUUAUAUAUGGAAAACUGUAUAGAUCAGGGGUCUGCAACCCCCGGUUUGUGGACCAGUACCAGUCCAAAAGUCAUUUGGUACCGGGCCGCAGUGGGACACAGUGGAACAAUUUACUUAAUUUUUACUAAUUUACUUCAUUCAAAAAAGUCAUAUCCAUUUAAAGAUAAAGAUAAUCUAAUUUUAAAUUAAUAAGUCAUUCAAACUCUGAUACUAUCAGAAUCACAGUAUAAAAUAUGUUAUAUUUUGAAAAUUUAAUGCUUAGUACCUUACUACUGGUCUGUACUAACAAAACGGCUUGGCGGGCUGCAUUUGGCCCCCGGGCCUUGAGUUUGACACGUAUGCACUAGACAAUCAGAGGAAUUUUUCAACAUUUUUUUGAUUCAGUCAUUUAUCUUGAGCAACCAACCAACUUCUCGGGACUUUCAAAAUAAUUAAAAAAAAUAUUUUGUUAAAGACAAAA